GGCUGCGUAGAGCUAACGCGCACAUUCUUCUUCUUUCUUUCCAGUUCCUCUUCUCUUACCGGCGCCGCCGCCGCCGCCGGGGGAGUGAGCAGCAGCGUGAGCGCCGAGCUGCCGUACGACUGCGCGGAGGGGUCGCCGGCCGGAGAUGGCGUUCGAGUCGUCGGCGGAGACGGAGCGGUUCCUGUGCGAGCGGCUGCUGGACGCGGCGCAGCCCAUCGCGGAGCGCUUCCGCGCGCUCUUCUCCCUCCGCAACCUCCGCGGCGACGGCCCCCGCCAAGCCCUCCUCCAAGCUGCAAGGGAUCCUUCCAACUUGCUUGCACAUGAGGCUGCAUUUGCACUUGGACAAAUGCAGGACGCUGAGGCUAUCCCUGCAUUAGAGGGAGUUCUCAAGGAUCUUUCACUGCAUCCAAUUGUCCGCCACGAGGCUGCUGAAGCCCUGGGAGCUAUUGGCUUGGAAAAGAGCAUUUCCCUGUUAAAAGAGAGUUUAGCAGCUGAUCCUGCCGUGGAGGUGCAAGAAACAUGCGAGUUGGCUCUUAGACGGAUAGAAGGGCAGAAGAAUGCCAGUGGUGCUGAAAGCACAACAAUUUCGCCUUAUCUAUCAGUUGAUCCAGCACUGCCUGCCAAGCAGGGACUUUCGGUAGAGCAACUAAGGGAGCUUCUCCUCAACGAGCAAGAAAAGAUGUAUGAACGUUAUGCAGCUCUUUUUGCGCUUAGGAAUGACGGUGGAGACUAUGCUGUUUCUGCUGUUAUUGAGGCUCUAGGUGUGAAAAGUGCUCUUCUGCGCCACGAGGUCGCUUAUGUAUUAGGUCAGCUGCAAAAUAAGGCUGCUUCAGAUGCACUUUCUGGUGUGCUGAAGAACGUCAAUGAGCACCCGAUGGUCAGACAUGAAGCUGCUGAGGCCCUUGGUUCAAUUGCAGAUCAAGAAAGCAUUGCGCUUCUGGAGGAAUUCUCCAAGGACCCCGAGCCCAUCGUCUCCCAAAGCUGUGAAGUAGCCCUCAGCAUGCUCGAGUACGAGAGAUCAGGGAAGUCGUUCGAGUUUCUGUUCCUCCAGACUCCUCAGGUGCAGCAGGAGUCCUGAGCCCAGCUUCGGAUACAUACUUUGAUGGACCUGUCAGAGUCGACGGUUCGGUGUGGUAGUGGACAUGAUGUCUGAAUGAAGUGUCGUCGCCCUUUUCCGGUUCUUUUUCGGGCGUUCUUGCUUGACACCGGGAUAGCAAAACGGCGAAAGAUACCACUGUGAAUUGCUCUCUGAUGAGAGUAUCAUGUACGCGUGCCCCGUGAAAACAGAAACUGAUACUUUGACGAAUUUGUUUGCCUGUGGAUUGUGCCUAUCUUC